ACGAUAAACAGAAAAAUGUUCCGGCGAAAACUUCGACUGCUUCAAAGUAUUUGGACAUUCUGUCGACGUAAUCAACAAUCAAGACAGCAAAUUAGAAAAAUAUUUACGAAGCAGUUUCUGCCAUCUGCAUCAAGAUGGCUGCUUUUACCUGGGGCUGUGGUUAGCAUGAGAGGGUUUACAUUUGGAAUGAGGCCAUCAGAGAAAGAACCUGAAGCCACAUCUGCCUCCAAAAGCCCUGAAGAGAAGAUAAUUGAACAGGCUGAUGAGUUAUUCGAUAAAUCUGACACUCUGGCAUUAUACGACUACCUAAUCCAAUACAAAGACAGCUCGAAUGAUGAGCUCUUAUGGAGACUGGCACGAGCAGCCACAGACAAAGGAAAAUUACUGAAGGAUCCUGCUAAGAAGGAUUAUUACUAUGAAGCUUUUAAAUAUGCCAAAAUGGCACUGGAGAAAAAUCCGAACAAUUUUGCCUGUCAUAAGUGGUAUGCCAUAUUGUUAGACUACACAGGAGAAUAUGAAGGCACGAAGCAGAGGAUAGCAAAUGCAUAUGAAGUGAAAGAGCACUUUUUAAAAGCAGUAGAAUUAAACCCAAAAGAUGCCACUUCUGUCCACUCCCUAGGUUACUGGUGUUUUUUGUUUGCUGACCUACCUUGGUAUCAACAGAAAAUUGCUUCAGUCAUAUUUACCACUCCGCCCACUUCUACUUAUGAGGAGGCCUUGAAGUUUUUUUUGGAGGCUGAAAGAAUUGAUCCUGGUUUCUACAGUAUGAAUACAAUGAUGUUAGGGAAGACCUAUGUUAGACUCAAGGAAAAUGCCAGGGCCAUCUACCACCUGAAGAAGGUCAAAAGUUUUCCAGUUAAAACUGUUGAUGAUGAAAAGGCACACAAGGAGGCAGCUGAACUUCUGCGUGGGCUAGGAGUACAUGACCAUGAUUAAAGCAACUAGUGAUGACCACAACUUGGACCAGUUACAAACUUCACGGGGGAUGUAAACAUGAUAUGUAUUUAACAGUACUUCAAUCAUUUCUGGACAUUUCUGACACAUUAUUUCUGAGCAUCCCUGAGACGUAAUUACUGGACAUUCCUGAGACACAAUUCUGGACAAUCCUGAGACACCAUUUCAGGACGUUCGAGCGACAUAAUUUUCAGCGUCCUACAGACACCAUUUCAGGAAAUCCCUGGGACGUCAUUUCUGGACAUUCCUGCUUUCUUUGCAUUCCAUAGGUACCAUUUUAGGCAUUUUUGUGAUGAGACAUCACUUCUUUGGGCAUUCUGAGAUGGACUUUUUACUAAAUGUAGAAGAGUUAGUCAAUCCAUGUUUUAAAGAUAGUAUUUGAUCAUUCCAGUUUAGAAGGAUAGUAAUGAUGACCUAUGGCUCAUGGUGAAGUAGGUAAGCCAAUGUCAAUGGUUCAACACUCGGAAUGAGAACCCAGCAUUUUUCAAAAUUUUUGAUGAAAAUAAUUUCUGGUAUUUUCAUAUCCGAUCAGGCUUAGCAGGUACUUUGCUCUGUUAUAGUCGCAUUCAGAACAGAUGAUCCACGGACUAACUGAUCCACCGACUAAAUAUAGCCAACCCCACUUCAAAGUAAACCACUUAAUCCCCUGAUAUCCGACAGCAGAUUAACUUUGAUGCAGUAAUUCGAAACAUAAACUGUCACUGUGAUAAUGUCUAGUUAAGUGAAAAAAAAAAGAACAGUAGAACAAAAUCUUACUAUUGAAAAUUAUUACAAUAAUUUCUCUCUUAAUUUGAAAAGACUCAUUUUCCCCCUCAAAACAAUAUUUUUUCAGUGAUAUGAGUAUGUAAAAAAGAUGAUUCAAAAUUUCUGAAAGCCAGUUGGGUACAUACAGAAAGCAUUUUUUGAAUUACGAAAUAAAAAAAUCUUUGGGGAAAAAAAGAAAAUAUUGGAUAAGACUGGUUGAAAUUUAUGAGCAGUCACAGUACUAGUACAGGGCAAGAAAAGUAAAAAUACAACGAAAAUUUUGCAUCAAUUUUUACUCAUUCACUAGGUUAAAAAAAACAUUGCAUUAAUUAAUACUGGAGCGUACAUUUUCAGCUAAUGUGGUAUUUAAUAAAACCACUGGGGAUAACUGUUUUGGUAUUAAAUCAAUAAAACCAAUAAAGAUAGUGGUUGUGGCAUCAAAAUCAUAUCAUUUGGCUGACAGUAUUUUUUGUUACUGAAAUUACGUUCUGUCACUAAGAAUAAUAGAGAGGAUUUAAAGCUUACCAAUCUCAUUCAGACGUGUGGCAUAAUAUAAUUUAUUUACAAAAAUUAUAGCAAGUGAUAAGAUUAUAUUUAUCAUACUGUAGUGGAAGUGUGUAAAAAUUAAAAUCAAUGUAUUUAUGUUACUUACAAAAUCAGAGUUACAGUACACAUAAGGCCCUUGUUUUCACAUGGAGCAGCAUACUUUAGUGAUACAGUCUUUGAGAGGUUCUUAGGGCCUGUUCAGAACAUAUUGAUCUGCAAACUUACUAGUCCCUGGAUCAAAUAUGGUGCAACCUUUUUGAAUGAAUGCCCAGAUUUAAUUGCUUAGUCCCUGAAGGGACAGCACAUGUGGGAGACGGGGAAUUCAUUGUCAAGUGUACUGCAUGUUUGAUCUGUGAACUUAAUCAAGUGGUUCUGAACAGUCCCUUACAUGUUAUUAUACUACACCUUUCACAAGUUCUCCACAAGUUGAUUUCCUGCUAGUAAUUAAUUUACAGUGACAGUAGUGGAGGUUCCAUUUAAAGGGAUAAUAACUCUUCGUAUGAGAUCUAUAUUUCACAAU